UGUGGAAAUUUCCUCUUAAUUUGUCCAUUUCUUCAUAUAACAUACUUCUGGGGACAGAAACAAUCCCCCUUUCUCACUUUUGAGUGAGUGAAAGGCAAGAUGUAAAGAAAUGCUGAAGUUUUCAAAUUCAUCCUGUAGUUAUAACUUCGAAACUUUUGUACAGCUUUAUUACCUGUUAACUACAUGUUUGGGGGUUUGGUACUACUGUUUUUCUGUCAAUUAACCCCAAAUGAAACUACAGUGAGACGGUGAGAACAUGAUUUCCUCUCCAUCUGGCCAUCUCUCCAUCUGGUUUCAGCUAGUUGUGGUCUCCCUCUGAAUCAGAUUAGGAUCCAGAAGCUUUUCUCCCGUCAACUGUCACAUCAUUAGAUGGUGCUCUCUAGGUAGAAGAGCGACACUGUGAUGCAUUUAAAGAAGUAAAAUAUCCUGAUCAGUGCUUCUCAAAUUUGAGAAACACAUAGGUCCAUUAACAUUUUUUAACAUAACUUCAGUGUUAUUUUUAUUAUGAUGUUACUGAAAUGUGUACAAACAAAACUCUGCCUAGCGCUUCUAUAGAACUAUAAAACUUACUGUGAACUCAUGACUGUUUGCUGAAUCUAAGUCACUGCUAGAGACAUGAGUAGUGCUAGGACUGUGGCGGUGCUGGGACUCGGGUGGGAGUACCUGUGCCACUGUGAACUGAGAAAUGAUCCCAGUCUCCUACCCUCCCCACCUCCUCCUCAGCAAGACUGCUGCAGAGCCACUGUGCCUCAGAGUGCUGUGAUAUCAUUGGCCUUCGCUAGAACUGAACACAAUUAUGAAGGCUGUUCUUUGGUUAUUAGCUUGGGACAGUUAAAGGAUUACCACUUGGAAUCAAUGCGAUGAAUUCUAAAGUAAUACUUGGUUAGAAGGUGCUAAUGCUGUUUUGUUUUUUAAGAUUAUGGCUGAAAUAAAAAUUGACAUUGUCAGAACUCAAGAGAUUGACAGAACACUGUCCUGGUAGGUAAGAGUGUAUGGCCCACUUGGCCUCAGCUGUGCCACCUGUGCCUGUGGGAUGGUGAGCUAGCCACUGGAAUCCUAAAUGUCCAUUUCCUCAUCUCUAAUGCAGUAGGUAAUGAUAUCUCCCAUGUAGGGCAGUUGUGAGAAUAAAAUAAGAUGCAGGUAAAUCUCUUAGCUCCGUGCCGACCAUGGAGUCAGUGGGUGUUCAAUGAGCCUUUCUCUCCCUGUGGGUGCUGAAGACGUCAUGGAUAAAAGAAGAAAGAUCAAGGGUUUGAACAAUAUAAUCUGUAAGUGGGUUUUGAAUGGCUUUAGAUGAGUGUAUCAGUCAGGUGGAAGGUGGCAGAACGAGGAGGAUUACCAGUGGAGGAGUUUGACCGCUGUCUCUUGCUCACUCUGUUCAUCCAUUUAAAGUUGUGCACACAUUUCUAUGCUGUGCUUGGCUCUCUAAGCUGUAGUACAAGCAGAAAGUCCACUUAACAGGUGUUGCCCCACAUGUCUUAGAGGAGCAGUAGGUAGCAUCUAGCAAUCUGAUAUGAAUAAGAGAGAAAAAACUCCCUAGACCCCCUUUGUCUAUAUAUUCAGAUGGUUGUAAGUAAACUUACCCAAUGUUUAUCUCCAAGAAGCAAGAAGUGAAAAAUGACAGCCCAAAGGAAGGCUGGAAAUACCUCUUCUGAAGUGGUAGAUCCUAUCUAGCACCUGUGAAGUAGGUUUGGUAAGCCAUUGAGUUUUUGAGGUGAAAGCAAACACUUCCUGUGAGCCAAACAUGGGGGUAUCAUGCCAGUUCUAUUAUGGAAUAUCUCUGUGUGGCCCUGAAACUGGCCUGAGUGUGACUUGUGGAGUUAAUGAUUACCCCAGUAGUGGUCUAAUCUCUUGGUUCCACUGGGCUGCAAGCAGUUUGCCUGCAGAGGAGUCUCCAAAGAGCAGCAUGUUCCCUUUGCUCUUUGGGGCUGGACUGGUGGUUCUGAACCUAGUGACUUCUGCUAGGAGCCAGAAGACAGAACCCCUUAGUGGCUCUGGGGACCAGACACUCUUCCAUGGAGCAGAUCGAUGUGACUUUGCCAUCAUGAUCCCUUCAGGAGGCACAGAAUGCUUUUGGCAAUUUGCCCGCCAGACUGGAUACUUCUAUUUCAGUUAUGAGGUUCAGCGGACAGUGGGAAUGUCACGUGACCGGCAUGUUGCUGCCACCGCACAUACACCACAGGGUUUCCUCAUAGAUACCUCUCAGGAUGUUCGGGGCCAGAUUAACUUCCCUACCCAAGAGACAGGUUUUUAUCAGCUUUGUCUAAAAAAUCAGCAAAAUCGCUUUGGUUCUGUGCAAGUGUACCUCAAUUUUGGAGUCUUCUAUGAGGAUCCUGAGAUGGACCACAAACAGAAUGAGAGAAAACAACUGAAUGAUACUCUGGAUGCAAUUGAGGAGAGUACACAAAAGGUGCAGAACAAUAUCUUUCACAUGUGGCGAUACUACAACUUUGCCCGAAUGAGGAAAAGGGCGGACUUUUUCCUUCUCCAAUCAAAUUAUAACUAUGUGAACUGGUGGUCAACAGCCCAGAGCCUUGUUAUUGUUCUUUCUGGAAUCCUGCAGCUGUAUUUCUUGAAGCGUCUCUUCAAUGUCCCACUGACUACAGGCACAAAGAAGCCAAGAUGCUAAGCUAAAACAACUACAGUGCCGUGGCUCUUUCCUUCUGGGGCAGAACCUUCGUCAAAGCUUUGGCCAAACCAGCUUUGUAAAGUUCUUGAAAAAGAUCAGUUUCCCGUUAGAAAGUUUUAGUCUGUUGCUGUCAUCUACACAGGCAAAAAAUGGCAAUAAAAUAAACGUUACCAUCAAAA